AACAUUUUAUUAUUUAGUGUACACAGGAAAGACCGUGGCGGCCAUGCUGUUGUAGGCUCCCACACAGCGUUGAUUUUUUUACCCAGCUUUUAUCUCUCCUGUAACAAGUGACGCCGCAGAGGGGGCGGGGCCUCUGUCAGGCCUGGUGGACGGUUUCUGUGUACAUGUGUAUCGGAUUCGAAUGUAUUCUGUGAGACAGCUCCUAGGCGAAGCGGUUCCUGAAAGAUCAGAGGAUUUAUUGCCAGUGGAGGAGAUGCUGGAAUAUCCCUGGACGAGAUCCCCAAAAUGAUAGGGAGGGGGAGUAUAUAGAGGAACAAAGGGGUCUGUACAAGAACGUGAUGAUGGAGAAUCACCGACCCCUCACAUCACUGGAUGGGGCCAGUAACAGGAAUACCCAAGACAGAUGUCCCCGUCCUCUUUAUUCCCAGGAUGAUACAGAAGAGAAUCACAGGGUCCCACAGCAGGAUCAGGGUGAAACCAGGAAUAAUAAUAUGGUAGAGAAUAUCAAAGAAGAAGAAGAAAGGUAUACAGAUGGUGUCCAGGAGUGUAAGGAGGAGGAAAUUCCUACACAUAUUAGCACAGAUGGGGCCAGUAACAGGAAUACCCCAGAGAGAUGUCCCCGUCCUCUGUAUUCCCAGGAUCAUACAGCGGAGAAUCACAGUGUCCUACUGGAGGAUCAGGGGAAAGAUCUAAUUCCUACUAAAGUUGAAGAUAUAAAAGAGGAAGAAGAAACAUAUGCGACGAGUUAUCAGCAGUGUAAGGAGGAGGAAAUCCCUACAGAUAUCAGCACAGGUGGACCGAACAGCAGUAUAACCUCAGCGGGACAGCGAGUGUUAUCUCCUGGUUGUGACAAUUCACAAGAUUCUGCAGGAGCAAACCCCAUUACCCCAAGUAUAAAUCCAGUACCUCACAGAGCAGAUAUAUCAUCCGGUCCCUCUAAUCACGGAGGAUGUUCUGAUAACUCAGAUGCCGUUACACUUGUUAACAAUCACAUAGGUGAUCGAACAUUUCCCUGUUCUGAGUGUAGGAAAUGUUUUACAAAGAAAGCAAAUCUCAUUAGACAUCAGAGAAGUCACACAGGUGAGAAGCCAUUUUCAUGUCCUGACUGUGGCAAAGGUUUUACACAGAAGGCAGGUCUUGAUUUUCAUCAGAGAAUCCACAAGGGUGAGAAGCCAUUUUCCUGUUCUGAAUGUGGGAAAUGUUUUACACGGAAAUCAAAUCUUAUUAAUCAUCAAAGGAUCCACCCUGGCAAGACUUCAUUUCCAUGCUCUGAAUGUGAUAAAUGUUUUAUACUGAAAUCACAUCUUAUUAAUCAUCAAAGAAUCCACACGGGUGAGAUGCCAUUCUUAUGCUCUGACUGUGGGAAGUCUUUCACAUUUAAAUCCAAUCUGAUCCAACAUCGGAGAGUUCACACAUUGGAGAAACGGUUUCCAUGUCUUGAGUGUGGAAAAUGUUUUAAGUGGAAAUCAAGUCUGAUUGAUCAUCAGAGAGUUCAUAAGGAUGAAAAGUUUCGAUGUCCUUAUUGCCCUAAGUGUUUUAUCCGUAAAUCCACUCUUGUUAAACACCAGCUAAUUCACACAGGUGAGAAGCCAUUUCCGUGUUUUGAGUGCGGGAAAUGUUUUACACGGAAAGAGGUACUUGUUAUACAUCAGAGAAGUCACACAGGUGAGAGGGCAUUUUCAUGCUCUGAGUGUGGGAAAUGUUUUAUAGAGAAAUCAAAGCUUGUUAAUCAUCAAAGAAUUCACACGGGCGAGAUGCCAUUUUCAUGCUCUGAGUGUGGGAAGUCUUUCACAAUUAAAUCAAAUCUUAUCAGGCAUCAGAGAGUUCACACAGGGGAGAAGCCAUUUUCAUGUUUAGAGUGCGGACAAUGUUUUACGUGGAAAUCUAGUCUGAUUGAUCAUCAGUGCGUUCACAAGGACGAGAAGAAGUUUCGAUGCCCUGAUUGCCCUAAAUGUUUUAUCCGUAAAUCCAGUCUUGUUAAACACCACCAAAUUCACACAGAUGGGACCAGUAACAGGAAUACCCCAGAGAUAUGUCCCCGUCCUCUUUAUUCCCAGGAUCACACAGAGGAGAAUCACAGUGUCCCACAGGAGGAUAAGGGGGAAUACUUGACUGAUCCUAAAGUAGAAGAUGUAAAAGAAAAGGAAGAGGAGACGUAUGUGAGGAGUGACCAGCUGUGUAAGGAGGAGGAAAUCCCUACAGAUAUCAGCACAGCAGAUGGAUGCAGAAGUAGGAAUAUCUCAAAAGGACAUCUUGUUUUAUUUCCAGAUGGCGAAAUAAAAGAUAACCACGGUAAAGGAGAUUCUCCAGGGGCAAUCCCUGUUACGCCAAUUACACAGCCAGUAUUUCAAGAUGCAUCGAUCUCAUCUCUUCCCUCUGAUUCUGAGAGGAAUUCAUAUAACUGUGAUGUUGGUACAUCUAUUACAGAACUUAAAGCAGAUAAACUAUCUCUCUGUCCUAUAGACUCCAGAUGUUUUACACAGAACACAAAUGGUAUUACCCAUCAACCACCUAAGAUAGGUCAGAAACCCUUUCCAUGUUCUGAGUGUGGGAAAUGUUUCAUGCACAAAGGAGAUCUGGUUAGACAUGAGAAAAUUCACACAGGGGAGAAGCCAUUUUCCUGUUCAGUGUGUGGGAAAUGUUUUACACAGAAAUCCAAUCUUGUUACACACAAAAAAACUCACACAUAUCAGAAACCAUUUGAUUGUUCUGAGUGUGGGAAACGUUUUGCAAAUAAAACACACAUGCUUAAAUAUCACACAGGUCAGAAACCAUUUACCUGUUCUGAGUGUGGGAAAUGUUUCAGUCAUAAAUCAUCUCUUGUUACACAUAAGAGACAUCACGCAGGAGAGAAACAGUUUUCCUGUUCUGAAUGUGGGAAAUGUUUCAGUCAUAAAGCAACUCUUGUUACACACAAAAGACAUCACACCGGUGAGAAACCUUUUCCGUGUUCUGAGUGUGGGAAAAGUUUUAUAGAGAAAUCUAGGCUUACCAGACAUCAGAGAGUUCACACAGGAGAGAAACAAUUUUCAUGUUCUGAGUGUGGGAAAAGUUUUAACUGCAAAACAAGUCUGUUUAGUCAUCAGUGCUAUAGCACAGGUGAAAAUCCAUUUUCCUGUUCUGAGUGUGGGAAAAGUUUUAACAGCAAAUCAAGCCUGGUUACUCAUCAGUGCCAUAGCACUGGUGAAAAGCCAUUUUCCUGUUCUGAGUGUGAGAAAUGUUUCAGACUCAAAUCACAUCUAGCUAGACAUGUGAAAAUUCACACAGGGGAGAAGCCAUUUUUCUGCUCUGAGUGUGGGAAAUAUUUUACAAAUAAAUCACAUUUGCUUACAUAUCACACAGGUGAGAAACCAUUUUCCUGUUCUGAGUGUGGGAAAUGUUUUACACGCAAAUGGGCUCUUGUUGCACAUAGGAGACUUCAUACAGGUGACAAACCAUUUCAGUGCUCUGAGUGUGGGAAAUGUUUUACAAAGCAAUCAAACCUUGUUGAACACAAGAAAGUUCACACCGGUGAGAAGCCAUUUUCCUGUUCAGUGUGCGGGAAAUGUUUUACACACAAAUCCAAUCUUGUUACACAUCAGAGAAUUCACACAGAGGAGAAACCAUUUGCUUGUUCUGAGUGUGGGAAAUGUUUUACACAGAAACAAUAUCUUUUCGUACAUCAGAGAACUCACUUAGGUCUGAAGCCAUUUUCUUGUUCUGAGUGUCGGAAAUGUUUUGCAAAGAAAUCGAAUCUUGUUUCACAUCAGAAAACUCACACAGGUGUGAAGUCUUUAUGUUCAGAGUGGGAAAGUUGUCAAACAUAAAUCAGGUCUUGUUACAAACAAGAGAUUUCACACAGACGAGAAACCAUUUUGAUGUUCUCAUUCUAGGAAAUGACAGAAACAGAUCCAAUUAAGCCAGAUGUUAUUCUGACACACGUACAGAGGUGAAGCUUUGUGAUUCCACCUGAAUCAUAUUUUCUCUUACGUCCUAGAGGAUACUGGGGUCCACAUUAGUACCAUGGGGUAUAGACUGGUCCACUAGGAGCCUAUGGGCACUUUAAGAAAUUGUGUGGGCUGGCUCCUCCCUCUGUGCCCUCCUACCAGACUCAGUUUAGAAAAUGUGCCCGGAGGAGCCGGUCACGCUUAGGGAAGCACCUGAAUAGUUUUCUGCAUUUAUUUUCUGAUUGUUAUUUUACAGGCAGGACUAACUAAAAAGUUAAUGGUCCCGUUUCUUUGCUGACAGGACACUGAGCUCCUGAGGGAGUCAUUCACAAGCCCCAACACAGCGAGCGUACCCUCCUGCAGCAUGCCACCACCCCUAACAGAGCCGAAGAUAGAAGAGUGGUGAGUAGGACGCCGGCAUCCCAGUUAGCGGGUCACCGGCGGUAAAGGCGGCACGGGGGUAGGAGCGCAGCGCUGAGGCUGCAGCUCCAGACUUCAGUGACAUGCUUUGGUGUGUCUCCACGUGAGGGGCGAGCUGAAGUAAAAUUUACUACCCACACUGGCGCUACCGCUUACAGGGGUUUUAACCCACUGGUAAGCAGCUAAAAUUACCUCAGGCCAAUAUAAAAAUUGGGACGACCGCGCACCAUUAAGGGGGCGGGGCUUCACUAUGAGUGGAUCCAGCAGCUCACCAGCGCGAUUUUCCAUCUGCAGAUCUCACUGAACAGUCUCACAGCGAGAGCGCAGCUCCAUCUUCAAGACUCCAGUUUACCUCAGGGGCUCCAGGGGGUUAUAGUAAAGGUGGGGGGAGCAAUACUGUAUACUAAACCCUUAUUAAGGGACUUAGUUUGCGACCUGGCUAAAAUCUUAUAGUGGCCAUAGGGGCACGGUGUGGCUGGCUCCAUCAUACUCUGUGUUUCCUUAGAGGGCUCUGUGUUUGUUUUAACUAUCUUUUAACCUCUUGUAUUGUUACUUGUGUUGCUUGUAUUGUUACUUGUUACCAUGUCAAAAGCGUGUGUCCCCUGCACUGCAGAGUGCUUAUUGUCCUCAGGGAGAUCACUACAGUGUACCCAGAAUAGUACACCUUCUCAGACUAGUGGGUCAGAACCGGUGUGGCUAGACUCACUAAAGGGAAUGAUAUCAAACAUUUCUCAUAAAUUGUCCCAAACUGAGAAAGAGACGCAAUACUUAAGACAGUCUAUGGAUGACCUGAUGAGUAGAGAUUCAGUGCCCAUCCCACCAUCUCAGACCCCUGCCAUUUGUCCCAAAAACAUACGCUGGCACAAAUCAUGCAUAAUGACACAAAUGAUGACAAUGAUGCAGAAGACUGUGAUGUGGAUUUAGGUGGGGGGUGCAGCUCUAUCACAGGGAAUACAGGCCCUAAUACAGGCUAUUAUUGAGGUCCUGCACAUUCCUGAUACAGUGAUGGAGGACACAGAGGAAUCUCAUUUCAAUGUAAAAAAGAAGUCCUCUGCUACCUUCCCUGCAUCUAAAGAGUUACAUUUUCUAUUUGAAGAAACUUUGCUCACUCCUGACAAGAAGUUUCAAAUCCCUAAAAGGUUAAUAACAUCUUUCCCUUUUCCACAGGAUGACAGGAAAAAGUGGGAAGCCUUGCCAAUUGUUGAUGCCUCAAUUUCUAGGUUAUCCCGUAAAAUAAUCUUACCGCUUCCGGAUGCAGCCUCCUUAAAGAACACGGCUGACCGCAAGAUUGAGACUACUCUCAAAACUCUGUAAACGGCUGUGGGGGUGGCCCAGAGACCCACUAUAGCUUGCGCUAGGGCUAUUUCCAAAUGGUCAGGUACUCUAAUAGAGGACUUAGAUUCCUUACAUAGGGGGGAGAUAGUUUUACUCCUACAACAUAUACAGGACUCGGCUAAUUUUAAGGUCGAGGCCCUAAAAGAGAUAGGCUUACUUCACGCACGCUCUACGGUCAUGGUCGUCUCAGCGCGUAGGGGCUUAUGGCUACGUCAGUGGAAUAAGGAUGCGGAUUCCAUGAAGGGUGUGGAAAGCCUAUCUUUCACAGGUGAUGCCCUGUUUUGAGAGAAACUGGAUACUUGGAUAUCCAAGGCUACGGCAGGUAACUCUACAUUCCUUCCUUCUGCAGCAUCCCCAGCUAGGAAAACCUACACAGCCCCAACUCUGCAGUCCUUUCGGACAGCAAAAUUCAAGGGUAAAUUCAAAGGUAAUUCUGCUACCUUCAAAGGUGAUGGAAGUAAACCCAGAAAACCUGCAACUGCAGGUCCGCAGGAACAGACCUCCGGCUCUGCUUCCUCAAAGCUUUCAGCAUGAUGGCGGAUCGCACUGCCUGGAAGACAUGCAGGUGGGGGCCCGCUUAAGAUAUUUCAGUCACAUAUGGGCAACAUCAGACCUAGAUCUCUGGGUCACAAAUCUUGUCACCUAGGGUUACAGACUGGAGUUUCAGGAACUCCCACCUCACAGAUUAUUCAAAUCAGGCUUACCAGCUUCUGCAGAAGCAAGUAUGACUUUACAGGCAGCAAUAAUAAAACUGGUACAGACUCAGGUCAUUGUUCCAGUUCCACCUCAUUUACAGAACAAAGGUUACUAUUCCAAUCUGUUUGUGGUUCCGAAGCCGGAUGGUUCGGUAAGACCCAUUUUAAACCUCAAAUCACUGAACCCAUAUUUGCGGGUCUUCAAAUUCAAGAUGGAGUCUCUGAGAGUGGUGAUAUCAGGUCUAAAGGAAGGGGAAUUCUUGGUGUCUCUGGAUGUCAAGGAUGCGUACCUUCACAUCCCAAUCUGGCCGCCUCAUCAGGCUUAUCUAAGGUUUGCAUUACAGGACUGUCACUACCAGUUCCAGGCCCUGCCUUUUGGCCUGUCAACGGCACCACGGGUCUUCACGAAGGUCAUGGCAGAAAUUAUGUUCGUCCUCCACAGGCAGGGAGUGAAAAUAAUUCCAUACCUGGACGACCUACUGAUAAAAUCACCAUCCAGGGAGAGACUGCUGGACAGCAAUGUAAUCUCGACUCGACUGCUCCAGGAUCACGGGUGGAUUCUGAACCUAUCAAAGUCUCACCUGGAACCAACGAGAAAACGUCCGUUUCUGGGAAUGAUACUGGACACGGAAGCAAUGAGAAUUUCUCUGACGUCCUAGUGGAUGCUGGGAACUCCGUAAGGACCA